GAAUCAGAAAGACCCCGCGGGGACAUCGACUAGUUCUUGGACCUCGGCUGCUUUUUCCGGGAGGAAUUGGGACGGGGUAACUGAAUAAUAAACAUAAGCGCAUUCGUUAUCUUGAGUGGUGUUCGGCUGUGGGUGUUUAUGCAUGUGUUCUGCACCGAACGGGCGAAAAAAUCGCCAUAAAUCUGCAGCGAACAUUUUUCAAAUCGUCAAACCACAGCAGACGGAUCCGGAGCGCCGAGAGAGCACAGAGAGCGCGCGUAAAGCGCAGCGGGCCGUUGGCGACAGUAGGAUGACAGUCCAGGAAUUCAACACGCUCAUGGCGUUGUACCGAGAACAGGUCAUCUCAAUCGGAGAGAUAACGGCAGACUGUCCCACGUUAAGGGCGGAGAUGCAGCGCACACGGACCAAAGGGUGUGCGAUGGCUCGAGCUGCCCAUCAAAAUCUCACCGUGAUAUCCGGUUCGGGGCCAGAGGAUGGGGAGAUCCAGCCGGAGAUCUGCAGGCUCUUCAUUCAGCUGCAGUGCUGUCUGGAGAUGUUCAUCACAGAGAUGCUCAAGUCAAUGUGUCUGCUGGGAGUCCUGCAGCUUCACAGGAAAGGGAAGGACUUUUCCCCGGAGUCGAGGGUGGACUUCAAGGUGGACGAGAGCUCCGACGCGCCCAUGCUGGAUGAACGCUCGCCGUCCCCCUCAGACUGCCCUCCGGACGCCUGGCUGGUGGACGCCGACAUAGACAACAUAGAGCGGGACAUGAGAGAGAUGAGAAACCUUCUCAGCAAACUCAGGGAGACCAUGCCUUUACCCCUGAAGAACCAAGAUGACAGCAGCCUGCUGAACCUCACCCCGCUGCCUCUGGUGAGACAGAGGAAGAGGCGCUUCUCUGGACUCUGCUGUGUGGUGUCCGGCUGAGGUGGUCCUUCAGGCAGUAGCCGUGGCCAGCCGUAACACAACAACAUCCUUCAUGUUCUCCUACUACUUAUUACUGCCAUUUAGGAAGGUACUUUGGUUUGGGUCAGUCUCUGUCAUUACUUUACGUACUUUGACAUGAUUCAAUGUAGAAAAGCAAUUCAAAUGUGAUGCUAUGAAUAUGCAUAUUUUGCUCUUGUAAUCAAUGUGUCCCUCUGUAGUGAAAUAUGUAGUGUAUUCCAACUUACAUGUGCAGAACUGAUGCCAGAAGUGACCAUUUUGGUAGAUAGCUUUGCGCUAAACGUUGCCUUUAAACAUAUUUCUCAGAAUGUUAUUCUUAUUGGUUCACUGUGCAAGGUUUCUUUUGCAGUCUUCCAUGGAAUGGAAAUCUGUCCAUAACUUCAUUUCCCAUCACAAGGGCUUUGCAAUGCACCAUAUAGUGAAGCCAUUUACUAUUAAAUGUAAAUAUAUGAAUACUCAAAAAAUCAAAAUUGAGUUUUUGUACAAAGACCGGUUUUGUUUGUCUUUAGAAUAUCUAAAGACUGUCUAAAAUGUUGCAGUGAAUCAUUUUGUCUUGGCAAAAGAAAAUGUACAGCAUGUUUGUAGCUUAAAGUUGUCAAUGUGUAGUGUAUAUGUUGCACAUGUUAUACAGCUGACUGUAUGUACUGUAUAAGCCAUUUUAUAAUGUGAAUAAACUUUU